UGUAUCCUCUCAGUUCGCUCCAGGGAGGGCCACCGCGAAGGACCGGGCCCUGUUUUUUUUUGUGUAGACCUGUCAAGGCUGGACGAAUGCCGCCGCGAAGAACCCCCGGCCUGGGGCAGCGGGCGCGGGGUCGCCUGGUGUGCCUAGCGGUGGUGGUUCUGGCUGCCGCUGGCAUCUCAACGUUCAAAGCAUUCGGAGGCAGUAGCAAUGGCGCACAUACGGCGGCAGACGCACCGCAGGCUGCUUUUAUCGAAGAAGGAAAACAAGCAGGUGGCGGCGGCGUGAGAGGAAAUGAGGGCCAGCCUAGCAAGAGCGGCGACGGCGCCGAAGCCGUAGUCCCAGAGGGGGGAGAUGCAGCUGGCGCAGGCGAAACCCCCAUUAAGAAAAAGCCAGAAGGAAAGGCGGCGAACGGGCUGCCGACGAGAAAAGGAAAGGUCGAGGUUUUUGAGGAAACGGAGGACGGGGGUUUCCUCCUGAAGGUGGGACAGAUUAGAGUCAAGACAUCGGAAUCGUUGGACUUUUCUACUGAGGACGCUGUGCCGGGCUCCAUGUGGCUUCCCAUUGCGCUGCGCGACGUGGCAACGGGGGACCCGUGGGUAACCAUGUGCCUCAUCGAUUACGAGCACUACCAGGGAAACCCCUCGGGCACUCCGAUGUUCUCGUACCUGUCCACGUACUCCAAGUGCGGCAACAAGCGAAAGGACGACAGUAUCUCCUUCGGAUUGGUCGCGGUCGUUCGGAUGUCGUCGCUGUUGAAAUCGAUGGCGGACGACGGAAGGGCCCCGCUGCCCCCAAAGGGGUUCAUCUACCACGAGACGCGCUGCGGCUCAACCCUUGUGGCGAACAUGCUGGCCACGCUAGCGCCCAGCCGCGUCUUCUCCGAGUCUAAGCCGCCCUCACAGACCAUCCGUGAGUGCCAGACGGCGGGGUGCGAUCGACACCUCCUGGUGAAGAUGUUCCGCAACACGGUGGCGUUAAUGGGCAGGAGAAGAAACGGGGAGCAGCACGAGCACCUCUAUUUCAAGUUCCAGAACUCGAAGCAAGUAUUAUUCGUGUCGCAGAUCUCCGAGGCCUACCCCGAGGUUCCGUGGGUCUUCGUCUUCCGUGACCCCGUGGAGGUGAUGGUUUCCAACCUCAAGUCCUACGCCGGGGCCCCGUGCGUCCGUAUCCCCAGGCAAGAGAAGCUGAGGAAGCAGGCCAGCAGGAAGUUUAAGAAUCUUGGAGGGGGGGGAGAACCCGCGAUGCUGAAGUCGAAGGGGGUGCGGGACGUUGUCGCUCUGAGGGAGACGAGGCCGAAGUUCGGGCGAGGGCGGGGGCGGGGGCGUGAGCCCUCGGGGCGUGAGCCUGAGGAGGUGCGCGGAGGGGGAAAGAGGUCGCGGAGUCUUGUCGAGGCGGCGGUGGUGCUCGGCGGAAGUGAACUAGGGGAGGGGGUGACGGCGACUUCGGACGGGAUGGCGGGGGGUGGGGGAGUGAGUGGGGGAGAUGCCUUCUCCGAAAUUGAUACCGGCAUCGUCGUGUGGGAGGAGAACGAGGAAGAGGAGGUGGAGGACGGGGACAGCGACUUCUACGCCAGCGUUUCUUGGAGCGGUGGCAUCAGCGGGGGUAUCGAGUCGUCCGACUUGCCGUUGUAUCCGGCGGUGUAUUCUUCUGCCGCCCUAUUUGAGCCGUCGCCUUGGGAAUCUGCCGCGUUCGGUGUAGAAGAGGGGCGAAGAUCGCUCGCCAAAAAGAACACGGGGCUAAUGCUGACCAUGAACAUGACGAUGGAGUGCGCUGAUUGGUUGCAGGCCAUGUGCGCCUUCGCGCUGGCGGCGGAGAAGGAGACACCGUCCAAGGCCCUCUUCGUGGACUACGCCAACCUGCCGGAUGCGGUCCCCGAGUACGUUUUCCCGCAGCAUUUCGGCAUGGAGGCAGAGGUGGCCGAGACCGUACCGGACUGGAAAGACCGCAUGUUCGAGGCGGCGGGAUCGUACUCGAAAGGCAUUGGGAAGAGGCCUAAGGAAUUCACCAACGAUGUCAAGGAAAAACACAAGGACGCUUCGCCGCUUAUCGUGGAGGCGUCGGAGAAGGACGGUGGGCUGUACGAAGUGUAUCGCUCUCUUGAAGCCAUGCAGUCCUGGCGUAGACCAGACUCGGAAGAAGCGCAUCAUCAGUAGCUUGGCACCCGCGUGAAGUAAUCAACCACAGUAGACCAUGCCUUGUGUUCCUUGUGUGUAAAGUAUUUGGUUCCCAUUGAUUCCGUCAGGGGGGGGCAGGGUUGGCUGGCGUUUUCUGGGCCUACCGAGCGGGGUUUUCCACUCGAUCUGACGAUUGUUGUGUGUGGCUGGGAGGUUCUUGGGUCGUGGUUCCGGAAAGUCCUCGGCGCAGAUUGGCUCAUUCAUGAAGCGGGAUGACAUGGCGGGAGUUUGAUCCCCGGCAGGUUGUUCUUUUUUCCCACCCCAUGCACAACGCAAUAAAUUAAGUCAUACGCAGCUGUCAUCCGUACGCAAGGAAGUAAGCACAAGAUGCCGAACACCCUUAGCAGGAUGCAGCGCACCCUUCAUGCGACUCGCCGAAUACCUCACGGUGCUUCGCGCUUGAUGAUGUGAGAGCCUGGUCCGGUGAGAACCCGGCGUGCUCCGCCCCGGCUUUGUAGGAAUGCGAGGUCAAUGGUCUAACGACUACGGCAUGCACGACUAUGAGUACACCCCCCAUGCACAACGGAAGUAAGCACAAGAUGCCGAAUACCUCACGGUGCUUCGCGCUUGAUGAUGUGAGAGCCUGGUCCGGUAAGAACCCGGCGCGCUCCGUCCAGGCUUUCUAGGGAUGUGAGGUCAAUGGUCUAUCGACUACGGCAUGCGCGACUAUGAGUACACCCAUGCACAGCGGGGGUUUCCCAAAGUCCGUGUUGGCUGUGGUUACACCCGGUUACAGAGGGCGUGGCGGUGGAGCGUUCAAGGGCAAAAACGCCACGAGAAGAGGGGGGUUGACACCAAGCGUUUGUCUACCGCCGCGUUUCAUGACUUGUGAUGAGGAGCUUGUGGGUGUUCUGCGUGUCUUGGAACAAGGUUUGUCUGUAUUGUGUUGGCGGCACAGUAGUAUCGGCUACGGUGUAAGAGAGGCUUGGGACAAGCGGACAACACUCGCUUAAGUUAGGUUUUCUCGUAGAUGCGCGGACUUGAAACCGUGACCAGUAAUACUGAAUUUCUGUGCUCCUUGUCGGGAACGCGUCUUGUACAGCGCACUCUUGAUGUGUUGGUUUCGGUCCGUGAGUCUGGGAUGACUGCUGUAGCUAUUGCCUUAGACGUGCUGCACAGCCGUCCGUCGAAUUUCCCGUAUAUAUGUAUGUAUGGAGUCCACGAUAGGCAGUUUGUUUCUUGACUGCGUGUGCAUUAUGCCGUGUGCAAUCAGGCAGCUGCAGCUGCGGUAGUUUCGGGUGUAGACAGCAGUUCCAUCGGCGAUUGGCGUAGAUGAUCAGGUGUGCGUGCUUGGAUUUCGUGGUUGGGUGCAUUUGUCAACGUGCAUUUGCCAACAAACUACAUGCUAGUAGAUGCAUAUUCCAAUGUAAGCGUGUUUCCUGGGCUCAUGAGGUGCGGUUUGCUUUGGACAGAGUGGCACGCGGUGAUAUGAGUUGCAUGAGAGUACAAUCGGUAUUUCCCUUGAAUUGUUUUUCCGGGAGUGGGAGACGUAGCUCCUCGUUACAAGCAGUAGCCAACCGGGUGGUGAUGGUGUCUAUUUUUGUUUGUAUUCCAUUCGUUGGAGCCCCAGUUUACUCUUGCCGCAAGGGGAAACGCGAAAAAAUAAUCUGGACACAUAGGCCAACCCCUCGGCGACGGCAGGGUUCGAUUUCGAUUUUUUAGGAAUUAGGUAUUUGAUGUAUGUAGGAACUAGUAUUGGGGUUUUCUUUCUUUGACGAAUAUAAGUCGUUACCCCCCCUAUUGCAGAGGGGCUUCUAUCCACGGUGCCCCUAUGAAAUAAAUUAGAAGUUAGACUCACCCUCCGAUUUCGAUUUGCAGGCCUAUGUGUCGUUUUUUUUCGCGUGUACCAGUCUGUCCGGGGAUAUAGUACCGAUUUGGACAUCCGGCAAUAUAGUUCCGGGGUGGACUAUUGAAGCGCAGAGGGCUAUUUUGGUGAUCGAAAUCGCUCUAUCGCCGUCCACGGUCAUUGCAUGACGUACCAAGCCCCCCCCCAAAAAAAAAGAUGUCAUGGGCUAACCGGGGAUGCUGGAAUGUCAUCCCCGGGAUAUCAGAGAUAUUCGGCAAUAUAGUUCUCAUUUGGAAUAUUGUGAAAUUGACAGGGUUGUUUCAUCACCGAAAGCUCUCCAGCAUCCACAACCACAGCAGUGGACGGUGCUUUCCGCAGGAAAGAAAAAAACGGGUCGGAUUUGGACCGGGGAUGCUGGUUGAUCAUCCCCGGGUUACGACAAAGACGCGGUGACGCCCCGAACAUUUCUUGAUUUAUUUUCCCAUUCCCCCACACAACAUCGUAUUAUUCCCAAGCUCCCCGGGAGCUUGGGCUCUCCAGCCCAAAAUUAAAUUUUGUCUGUGGCACGAAAUCACACCACGCGCAGCCCCUUGAUCGAUCGAGUCUCAAAAGCCGAUCUCGACACAUACAGCGAGUGUCGCGACGCUGCGAGUAUCUCUGUGUAGCUGAGACGAUUCCAAGACGCCUUGCGAUAGUUUGGGCAGCUGCUGCUCCCUGUGGCGCGAGAUCGCCGGUACAACGUCUUUCGCAUCCGUGGGUGUUGAUUUUACCUGUGCGAGAAGGUCCGGCGGUUUGCUUUUUCGCCCCCACGCGCACACACGUCGCGGCCCGCCUACCUCGGCGCGGGCGCUACUUCAGCGCGACACUGCAAAGUUUCUCUGUGUAUCUGAGACGAUUUGAAUUCGUGUAGCCGUGGUUUGGACAGCUGCCGCUCCCUGUGUCGCGAGACGUCAUGUGCGACGUCUUUUCACAUCCUUGGCUGAUUUCACCUGUU